AUGAUGCAAGGAUUAGAAACGGCUGGAUACGACGAUCAUAUGAACCUUCCUUGGGACUCCCUUCGGGAGCAAGAUUGGGCCUCAUUAGGGUGUGAUCCUGGUGAGACGGAUUUUGAUGUUCUCACAAACCACGACAUUUUUGGAAACCAAUCAUCUGCACCAAUCGAAAUUGAUGGCGUUGACGGUGAUAUGAAUUGCUCUGCGCUUCUGGGUUUUCAAUGUAGUCCUGUUGCGGUUGAUUCGUCUGUGGACUUCCUCUGGGAAAGUCUUGGAAAUUCCAAGCAGGGUGCGCAGAAUGCUUCUGCUCAGACUUCCAGUUCGAACACAAAUGAUCACCAAGCAAGCAACCAGGAGGGGUGGUUGUCCUUUGAUCAGGACAACAAUGGCGAUCUCAAGGUGCAUGAGGAUCACAAGCACAUUCUUCCUGCUUUGCCGUCUUCGCCCCUUACCUAUGCACACUUCUCACAUGGAAUCGACGGUAUGAGGGAUGAAUCUACAGCCAAAGAUGGAUUCUGUACAGGACAUUUCUGCUGUGUAGCAAUUGGUGAUGGACGAGUGUCUCCACAUACCAGUGAUCAGGCUCGUUUCCUCUUGGAAAAUUUGAAACGAUCUGCCGGUAGGGAUGAGCAUGCGAUUGUUCGUCUCAAGAACGAAGCGUCGAUGGACUUGAAGAUCUUGGUGUUCCCUUAUGCGUCACCCGAAUCCCUUGCAUUGCGAGAAUACAUAGCAUCCAACGUCAGCCAAAUACCGGCUCCUUUCGUGCUCCUCUGCGGUGACUUGUCAACAGGAAUGAAAUCUUCAUUCACUGAUCAUGUCUCCACCAAUGUGAAGUCAUACAUCAUCAAAGGGCUGGCAGAGUGCAUGAGUGACAAGCGAUGCAAUGUCACCGCUUCAAAGUUGAAGGGUAACGAAGGUCCGAGGGCAGCUGUGAAUCUCGUGGAGCCAUUCGCUUCUACGUUUUUCAAAGACGUGAUCGAUGUUGACAGUCUACCUAAUCAUCAACCCACGGAUGCUGAGGCUUCGACAUCACACUUUGCCCCUAAGGUCUCCCCUCGUGCUGGGUUGCCUUACAACAUGGGCUCUUCUACUCCGAGGAAUUCGUCACCGGACGAGUCGGUUCCUUCGACCCCUCGAGCUGACGAUGAGGUGCACGUCGAGGGUAAAGCAACAGCACACUUUCCGGUCAAUCUGUUUGUGACAGCGAUUGCGGAUGGUUCGAUUGAAUCGGACACUCCUCAAAAAAUCCGGGAGCGGCUUGCGCAAAUUGUACGAAAAGUCCCAAAAGAGCAGAACACAAAUGUGGAAGUUUGUGACGGCGGAACAAUUGAUUUGAAGAUGCGAGUUUUUGUUGUCAACAGUGAAGAUGCAAAGGCUGUAGGGGAAUACAUCAACAGUCAUCUGAAACAGAACCCAGCUCCAUUCGUUGUCCUUGCAAGACACCUUCCGAUGGCGGUACUCUAUGACCCAACUUUGCUUGAUCUUUCCGAUGCAAGCGUAGCUGAUCGUUUGAGGAAGCAAGCAAAGACUCGAGCAGUGAAGGUUCUAAGGGAGGCAAUCGCCAACAAAUCCUUGGGGAUAACGAUGUCAAUGAUGCGAGGCCAUGAGGGUGCUUUGAUUCCUGCCGACAGAUUGUAUGAUGCUCUGGGAACUCUGACGAAACCUGUGCAAGAUGGUGACAACCCAGGCAAGUACAUUAUCUUCGAAGCCAGGAACAAGGCGGGAAGCGUACCGUGCUCUCCGAGAAAGAGACUGGCGAGUGAGGCUCUGGACAAACAACCCCUGUCAGGUGGGAGCAUGCAUCUUGGGAUGCCUGGCAGUACGGCAGGCACGAUGGGGCCUGAGAGUCGAAUAGCAAACGACAUGGUGUACAAACCUGUGAAUCACCCGAAAAUCAUGUCCAAUGGGAAUAGGAAAGCCUCGAUGGCCUCUGCUUCAGCAAGCUUCCUGCACCGCGACAUGAUUGUGAAAACUUUCAACAAGCGGGCAAGAAAGGAGGAAUUCCCUUUUGACGGUGUAUACGAUCACGAAUUUGUAUGA